AUGGGAAACCUUCGUACCAACUGCAGUACCUGGACUACAUCGGCCGCUGUCUCUACGUCUUACUCUGCCUCGUCCCACACACCGACAACUAACACGGAACGCACUCUUGAAUUACCACUCCCAUUCCCCCUCCUCUUCCUACUCCUCCUCCCCCUCCUCCACCUCCUGCUCCUCUUCCUCCUUCUCCUCUUCAUCCUUCUCACCCCCUCCCUCAUCGCCUUAACCUCUGCCGCUGUGGCGUCAGUCAUGCUCAUUAAAAUUACACAUAAUCCUGACACACCAACAAACACUGACAUCAACUCCGUCAAAAUCGGUGAUGAGAACCCGGCCUUUGCCUGUCCUCAUUGCAAUCGCACUUUCCCAUCACACGUCGGCCUGGUCGGUCGCUUGCGAAUCCAUCGCACAGGAACCGGCGAGCCAGUACAUGGAGCGUCCACAUACAUUCGCCGCAUCUGCCUCAACUGCCAUCACUGCACCCGCACACUCACCAACCGCGUGGGCUUAUUAGGCCACAUGCGCGUUCGCGAUAACCUGCGGUUGAUAACCGCCACCUACGCCAGACCAUCACAUCUACCCCCCCAACCUACAUCACGCGACGUCCUCGCCCAUCACAAGCAUCCAGCUGCCACCUCCCUUGCAAGUGGGAAAUGUGCAUCUCGGCUCCUCCUCUUCCUAAUUGCGACUGUACCUUAA